AUGGGCUCGGGGCCGCCCCGCAGGAUGCGCUGCGCGGCCGGGCUGCUCUGCCUGGCCGCCUGGCUGUGCGCGGGGGGCGCCCGCAGCUGCCCCGCGCAGACCCCACGCUGCAAGUGCGUGGGGGAACGGCCCAAGGGGCUGGGCCUGCCCGGCGCGGCCCGCAGGAAGGUGAUCUGCAGCGACCAGGAGCUGCCGGAGCCGCCGGACCCCCGCCUGCUGCCCAACACCACGGUCACCCUGCUUUUGAGUAACAACAAGAUAACGGUGCUGAAGAAUGGCUCUUUCUUCGGACUGCGUGCUCUCGAGAAGCUGGACCUCAAGAACAACUUGAUCAGCACGAUCCAGCCCGGCGCGUUCCUGGGCCUCUCGGAGCUGAAGCGCCUAGACAUCUCCAACAACCGCAUCGGCUGCCUCAGCGCCAGCGUCUUCCAGGGACUUGCCAACCUCCUCCGGCUGAAUGUGUCAGGGAAUAUUUUCUCCAGCCUCCAGCCCGGCGUCUUUGACGAGCUGCCGUCUCUGAAAGUCGUUGACUUUGCCACCGAGUACCUGACGUGCGACUGCAACCUGCGCUGGAUGCUGCCCUGGUCCAGGAACCGCUCGGCUCAGAUCUCCGACAAGACGCUGUGCAUCUACCCCAGCCCCCUGCAUGCCAAGCCGCUGAGGAGCGUCAGGGAGAGCCAGCUGCAGUGUGUGGGCGCUCCGGAGCUGCACACCCACCACCUGAUCCCUUCGCUGCGGCAGGUGGUGUUCCAGGGCGACCGCUUGCCCUUCCAGUGCACAGCCACCUACCUGGACAGCAGCACCCACAUCCGGUGGUACCACAACCGGGUGCUGGUGGAGGGGGACGAGCAGACUGGCAUCAUCCUGGAGGAGAGUCUCAUCCAUGACUGCACCUUCAUCACCAGCGAGCUCAUCCUCUCCAACAUCCACGUCUCUGCCAAUGGCGAGUGGGAAUGCGCCGUCUCCACCUCCCAGGGCAACGUCAGCAAGAAGGUGGAGAUCGUGGUGCUGGAGACGUCGGCCUCGUACUGCCCGGCCGAGAGGGUCACCAACAACCGCGGGGACUUCAGGUGGCCCCGCACCUUGGCUGGUAUCACUGCCUACCAGUCCUGCCUGCAGUACCCCUUCACCUCGCUGGCCGCGAACGGGGGCCCUGCGGCGGAGAAGCAGGCGUCGCGGCGCUGCGACCGCAUGGGGCGCUGGGAGGAGGGUGACUACUCGCACUGCCUGUACACCAACGACAUCACCCGCGUGCUCUACACCUUUGUGCUGAUGCCCAUCAAUGCCUCCAAUGCCCUGACGCUGGCGCACCAGCUGCGCGUGUACACAGCUGAGGCUGCCAACUUCUCCGACAUGAUGGACGUCAUCUAUGUGGCCCAGAUGAUCGAGAAGUUCAUUGGCUACGUGGACCAGAUCAAGCAGCUCCCGGACGUCAUGGUGGAGAUGGCAAGUAACAUGAUGCUGGUGGACGACCACAUCCUGUGGAUGGCUCAGAUCGAGGACAAGGCCUGCACCAGCAUCGUCCGCUCCUUGGAGAAGAUCGCGGGCUACGUGCUCAGCAGCAACUCGCAGCAUGUGGCAGUGAACUCGAGGAACAUCGCCUUCGAGGCCUACUUGAUCAAGCCGGAGAGCUACACGGGGCUGAGCUGCACGGCCUUCCAGAAGCGAGACAGUGGGCGUCCGUCGCUGCAGGAGCAGGAGGCCGAGCCCCUGGCUGACCAGCAGCUGAAGUUCAGGUGCACCACGGGCCGUCCCAACAUCUCGCUAGCCAACUUCCACAUCAAGAACAGCAUCGCUCUGGCCUCCAUCCAGCUGCCCCCCAGCCUGUUCUCCACCUCGGCCCCGUUCUCCCUGCCCCAGGCCUGCAAGGUCCAGUUCCUGGUGUUCCGGAACGGCAAGCUCUUCCGCAGCACCGGCAACUCCUCCCGCCUGGCUGACAAUGGCAAGCGCCGCAGCGUGGCCACCCCCGUGAUCUACGCCGGGACACAUGGCUGUGUGGUCAGUAACCUCACUGAGCCCGUCGCUGUCUCGCUGCGCCACUUCAGGGAAGGGGCCGACCCCAUGCCUGCCCACUGGAACUUCGAGGUGCUGGGGGGCAACGGGGGCUGGAGUGCCGAGGGCUGUCAGCUGGCCCACCAGGAGCCCAACAUCACCACCCUGCUUGGCCGGCACCUGAAUAACUUCGCAGUGCUCAUGGAACUCAGCAAUUUCCCCAGUGAGGCACCAGGCCCAGCUGAGGUUCUGCAUCCUGUUCUUUACACCUGCACUGCCCUCCUGCUGCUGUGCUUGUUCACCACCAUCAUCACUUACAUCAUCAACCACAGCACCAUUCAGAUCUCCCGGAAGUGCUGGCACAUGCUGCUUAACCUCUGUUUCUACAUCGCCAUGACAUCAGCCGUGUUUGCAGGAGGCAUCACUCUGACCAACUACAUGAUUGUCUGCCAAGCAGUCGGCAUCAUUUUGCACUACUCCUCCUUAUCCACUCUUCUGUGGAUGGCAGUGAAGGCCAGAGUCAUCUACAAGGAGGUGACAUGGAAGGCGCCGCAGCAGCAGGAAGGGGACGUGCCGCAGCCAGCCCCUCGGCCCAUGCUACGAUUCUAUCUGAUUGCUGGCGGGAUCCCCCUCAUCAUCUGUGGCAUCACAGCGGCUGUCAAUAUCCACAAUUACCAGGAUAACAACCCCUACUGCUGGCUGGUGUGGAGGCCGAGCCUUGGGGCUUUCUACGUUCCUGUGGCUUUCAUUUUGCUCAUCACUUGGAUUUACUUCCUGUGCACUGGGGUCAACCUCUGGUGCCAGUCAAAGAACCAAAAAGACCCUCCAGUGCCCCUCGAGACCCCCCCAAGGUUGGGUGGCAGCAGCAACCUCUUGACAGACUCAGGCUCCAUCUCAGUCACCCUUAACUCCGGGACACCCAGCGCCGAUGUGGAUGGCGUCUACUCGUUGAAGAUGCAGUUCUGGGCACUGCUGAUCACCCAUUUCUUGUACAUUGCACUGUGGACGUUUGGGGCCGUGGCCGUGUCCCAGCGCUGGUAUCUGAACGUCAUCUUUAGCUGCCUCUACGGGGUAACGGCUGUGGCACUGGGGCUCUUCAUCUUCAUCCACCACUGUGCCCGGCGUCGAGAUGUGCAGAACUCCUGGUUUGCCUGCUGCCCAUCCUACAGGAAUGCGCUGCCCAUGCAAGCCUAUGUCCACCCGGGUCUGGCGGCAGAGGAGGGCUCGCAGAUCUUCAUCGGGUGCAACCCCGAGUUGGCUCAUUCCAUCAAGUCCUCUUCCUCACCCAGCAGCACCAACUCCACCGUGGGCCACUGCAAGCUCACCAACCUGCAGGUGGCUCAGAACCAGGCAGAGAGCUGCCCCCUACCACGGCCAGCCUGCUACGAAGAGACGGAGCCGGCCAACAACAAGAACGCCGGCGCAGCCAGGUAUGCUAACAACCUACAUGGGCGCAGGAACCACAAGAGCAGAACUAAGCAGUACCGGGAGGGGAAGCACCACCGCUUGAAGGUGCUGCGGGGGCCUUCUUCGGAUCACCCCUCCAGCGAGAGUGGAAGCCUCCACAACAGCCAUUCCGAGAGCUACCACAGCAGCAGAAACAGCCCCCUGAACAACAGCCGCAUAGGACCGAGGGUAGCAGCUGUGCAGGAGGGGGAUGCUGCUCUGACCCAAUCCGAAGGGAGCGACGGUGGUAGCAGCGGCCAUCGGGUUCCUGACUUCAGCAGAGCUCAGAGGAGAAGCGCUAGCAGGGACAACCUCAAACAGGCCCACACCAUCGAGAAAGAGACUAAGCGGAGAUCCUACCCGCUCAACGUGGCCAACCAGAACGGGGGGCUGAAAGGCAGUAAGUACGACAUAAACCUCACCGGCGCAGAGAGCAUGGCCGGCAUGAAGACUGGCCUCUGGAAGAGCGAAACAACCGUCUAG